AGGUUGCAACAAUUAAAUAAUUAAAUAGGACCAUAGUUCUAUCUGAAGGAAAAUUGAAAAAAAAAUCUAUCCAAGACCAAGUAGAUUUUUAUUGCGGGAAUUAUUAAAAAAAACUCAGAAUGUUGCACAAACUUGAAAUGGAGUUGAAAAAACUGAAACAAGAAAUGGUAGAGAUGAAGACUGACAUGAACUUGAGGCUGGAGGAUCAGUUUAUAAAAAUUAAAGGCCAAAUGUCAGAAAUUAUGGAUGAGCUUUCUAAACAGGGAGAAGACAUCAACAAUAUCAAAACACUUAUAGCAACCCGGGAAAGCAGUUCUUCAGAAAAUACUCCCAAAGAAGAUUUGAAAUCAUUGCAAGAAAAUUCACAUAACAAUAAAAAUGAGUGUAACUGCAAAAGUGAAACAAAAUCUCAAACUUCUUUACCUCAAAUGGAAAAGGAAUUAAGACAGCUUUCCUUCAAACUAUGUGAACAGGAGAAAUGUAUCAAUAAUUUGAAAUUGGAAUAUAGCACAGAAUUUGUUGAGGAGAUGAUAUCUAAAAUGCACAGUCGACAUUCUGUCUUAAAUAAGAACACGCAGGUUCAGUUAAAGAAAUUAGAGGAACUGUUUAACUCGAAUCUAAAAAAUGGAAAAAAGGCAUUUUAUAAAGCCCUGAAAUCCAUUAAGGAAAAGAUUGAUAAAAACAGAUUGGACAUUGAUGAACUUUGGAUUAAAAUGAAUGAUAUCGACAAUAAAGAAGGAUUGAUUGUGCUCGAUGGAGAAACAUUGAGAAUAGAUAAUGAACUGGGGAAACUCAAGUUUGGACUUGAAGCUUUAUGGUUGCAGUCUGAUGAACUAAAAGAUGAUGUAGAAAAAUUGAAUCUUAAAUUUGUACCAGAACAGGAUCCUUGGCAUCAUCUUGAACUCCCACCAGAUGGAAUUUGGACCAAAGAAAUGUUUUUAGACGCUCUCAAAAAAACAAGGCUAAAGCUUGGCUGUUUAGAUGCUUGUGUUGGCAAUCUUCAAGGAUUGUAUUUGGAUUCAGUUGCCAAUAAAUCUGAAAAUCCUGCAAAUGAUUUAGCUGCAAACUGCCUUGAGUACUUUCAAGAUAACUGGCCAAUCAGAAGCCGGGACCUGAUUCAUUAUCAUGAAGAAGAUGAAACCAAUGAGAGUAAUGUUGCUGCAAGUGAAGCAUAUCCCAGCGAGACAAAUCAAUCUACAUGUGGAAAUAUGGUUGGCAGAGUUUCUUUUUCUGUAUCCUUGGAGGAUAAAUCUUUUGAGGAGCUACGAUACGAAUUUUUUCUUUCAAUUUAUAGAAUAUUUCCAAUUAUUAAAUCAAAAGCUAUGACAGUAUCAUUUAAGAGCCCACAAGGAAAAGAUACUGCUAUGAUGGCUGGUGCAAUCAUGAGUUAUUCAACUUCCCAUCAAUGUGUAACAGCCAUGGCAGAAUAUGAACAGUUUUCCUUGGAGGAACUUAGAUGGACUGAUUAUGAGGAAUUGGAUAGCAAAGUUAGAAAGAACCCUUUUGACAUGGAUAACCAGUUUAGCAAAGUUAAACAGAAUCCUUUUGACAAGGAUAACCAAUUUAGCAAAGUUAAAAAGAACUAAAAGAAUCCUUUUGACUUGGUCUACAAGGAUAACCCGUCUCAAACAAGCAUUGUUUGUGUAGCUAGUAAAUCAUCAUUACCAUCAGCCACUGAAAAACCACGAAAAUCACUUAUUGACUUAUUGAAAAGUCAAGAAAAUUUAAAAAAUAAAUAAUACUAACAUAAAACAUAAGCAAAAUAAUAAUAAACCAA